AUGGAAGACGAGAAGAUGUGUCAUCCUUCUGACUCUCCAGCGUGGAAACGGUUCAGUGAGUUGCAUACAGAUUUUGCAGAUGAAACAAGAAAUAUCAGACUAGGCUUAUGUACUGACGGGUUUCUACCAUUUGGUAGUUUUGGAACACAAUAUUCUUCCUGGCCAGUCAUUGUGACGCCGUAUAAUCUGCCUCCAGAUAUGAGGGGUUCAGGUGGUUCUUCUGCCGGCCGAGGCCGGGGUAGGGAUACAGGUCAGGGACGCGGACGUGGACGCGGCGACCCAGAGCACGAUCCCCCUAAGGACUCGGAUCCCGGGGCUGAGCAGCAGGUGCUAGCGGGUAGACCUGCGCCGCGGAGAGUGGCUAGACAACCGCAACCACAGGACCAACCGCCAGCGACGGACGAGACAGGGAGGGUUAGAGUUACACCAGAUGCUGCAAGAGAAAGAUUACUGGAUAGCAGGAACGACAGCGGGACAGGAUCUAGGGCGAUCUUGCCCAUUUUCCGAUCUAGAUGGUUUGCUGAGGGUUCCUCGUGGAAGAAGAUUACAGCAGAGCAUAAGGGCUUCUACUUCGAGGAGUUCAAGAAGGGUUUUUGCUGGGACUCGACCUACCCUGAGGAUCUGAUUAGAGGGGUCUUCUACCGACAUGGGGGCAAUCGGUAUAAAGAUACUCUCCACAACAUGAAGUCGGAUAAAAAAGAGGGCAGUGUUAGUGCUGAUACUUUGGCGUCAUGGAAGCGAGACUGGGAUACUGCUGAUGCUAAGAAGAAGUCCAAUAUAGCACGAGCUUAUCGGAUGAGUGAGCCGUCCGGAGCUGGCACCAGACCUGUUCGACAUGCCGCAGGAUCGCGAUCGGCUACGAGGCAUAAGACAAUUAUGCCCACUUUGGCUGAGUUGCAUGUACGGUUGCACCUGACCAAAGCUGAUCGGACUGUCUUCGUUGACAAGAGAUCAAAGGAUAAAAAUGACCGUUUUCAGGCAGAGCUUGCUGCAGCGACACAGUCUCAGGCAACUGGAGAAGGGAGUUCGUCGACUCCAGAGUCGAUCGACGAGAACGAGCUGUUUUUGUCUUUCAAGGCAAUCAAGAAGCAGCGAGUCUACGGUAUUGGAUCGGCUUCAGCAUCCUACGUCGGCCAGAGCAGCGCUAGCCGAUUGCGCCGCGGCGGAUCAUCCCAGCAGGGGAACGUUAGUGAGGAGAUAGAGCAACGUAUUGCUAGGGAGGUUGAGGAGCGGCUUGAGCAGCGGAUUCGUACUGUGGAGGUCUAA